GAAGCUACAGGUCUCGAACAAUCAGAUCACGAAUGUUGUAGGUUCGUGGGUGGGCAGCUCAUCAUUUCUGUGGCUCCCACUCGCCCGCUCGCUCCCCCCUCCCAUCUUUGCUUCCAUGCACGCCGAUGUCGGGCUCUUGCAUGCUCCUCUCGCUAGCCCGCCGAUCGCAGCUAUUCCGAGCCCAGGCGGCUCAUGUCCUCGCGCGUGAGAAGGCAAAGCCAUUUGCCAAGCUUGAUCGUUCGAACCCAUGCCGCCUGGGGGACUGCCAUAAUGAUACGCAGGGUCUUGAGUGUCCCUUCGCCGUGACGUCCAGAUGUUCGCGUUUCCGCCCAGAUGUGCCCUGCGUCAAGGCUCGCUUAGCAGUCUGAGUGAGCUCGUGCACCCACACAUUGAUCUGUCUGGUGUUGUGUCACCGCCUACCCAUCUCUGAAGUCAUUGUCAUCUGCGGCGCAUGGACCUCGCCUCCUGGCACGUCCAACUCUUGACUAUGAACGAUUUCGGACCGCAGGAGUGAGUCGGUGAGCAUCUGAAGCAUCUCAAAAGGAUGAACGCUGCUCAGCGAGAGUCUCAAGAGGAC